GCUUCAAUAUUUCUUCCAACUUGUUCUACCCAGCAUUGAUCUAAUAGCUAGCUAGAGUCUUCACCCUGCACAUUCAGGACAUCUCUUAAUUCCCUUCUCUCUGUGAGAUCAAGUAGAAUCUAAAAAUGGGCAAUGAACAUCAACAUUCUCCAAUUUCAUUUGUCAAGCUUCUGAAAUUUCACAGGCAAUUAAGCUAUUUAUCUCAUUUUGUGCUCUUUGUUACUGGUUUGUCCCUCGGAAUCACGCUCUGUGUAUUUUUCCAAACCUUCUCCUUCAAUUUACAGUCUAAUUUACUCUCUCUAUCGCUGUCCUCGCCAUCCUCUUCACUAACAAGAUUGCGAGAAGAAUUGUCGUCGCUAUCACUAUCAACACUACCGGAAUCAUCAUCGCGGGCUCCUUCAUUACCUCGUUGUAAUAAUUUGGAAUCGAGUGAUAAGUCAUUAAUCAUGCACAAUAUGGAUGAUGAUGAGUUGUUUUGGAGAGCAUCGUUUGUGCCGAAAAUUGAAGGAUUUCCUCAUCACCAUGUCCCGAAAAUUGCUUUCAUGUUCUUGACAAAAGGGCCUUUACCUUUGGCUCUCUUGUGGGAGAAGUUCUUUGAGGGAAGUGAAGGCCUUUAUUCCAUUUAUGUUCACCCUCAUCCAUCAUAUAAUGAUUCAGUGCCUACAAAUUCUGUUUUUUAUGGAAGAAGAAUUCCUAGUAAGCCAGUGGAAUGGGGAAAAGCGACAAUGAUGGAUGCUACAAGGCGUCUUUUAGCUAAUGCACUUCUUGAUUUCACCAAUCAAAGAUUUGUGUUACUAUCAGAAACUUGCAUUCCUUUAUUCAACUUCAAGACGACAUACAACUACCUCAUUAACACUAAUGAAAGCUACAUCGACUCCGAUGUUACUCCAAGCAAAGAGAGCCGUGGCCGAUACAAUCCUCGUAUGUUUCCCACCAUCUCCAUUUCUCAAUGGCGCAAAGGCUCCCAAUGGUUCGAGCUCAAUCGAAAACUCGCCAAUGAAAUCGUCUCAGAUAAUACAUAUUACCCUGUUUUUCGAGAGCAUUGCACCGCGCCAUGUUACAUGGAUGAACAUUACAUUCCUACACUAGUUAAUAUUUUGAAACCUGAGGAAAAUUUAAAUAGAAGUAUUACUUGGGUCGAUUGGUCAAAGAGAGGUCCUCAUCCUGGAAAAUUCAGGAGGCAAGACAUUUCCGAUGAAUUUUUGAAUCGAAUAAGGUUCGGUAGCCAUUCUUGUACUUACAAUGGCAUCAAUGCUUCGGUAUGUUUUAUGUUUGCUAGGAAAUUUUUGCCAAAUACUUUGCAACCUUUGUUACAAAUGUUGCCAAUUUUGUUCUAUUUCAAUCAAUCUUUAACAUCAAUGUAA